AUGAUCGCUGAUUGUUACCAUUACUCCAUGGAAGAAUUGUAGGCUCAAAUUUAUUGUAAUCUGGUAUUUUUUGUAGUAAUAUGACAGAUGUUUGCAUUAAGAGGAUUGAAGAGAAACGCCUUAAUUGUCAACCAAGUCCUUCAACUUUCGAGAGACCAUUCAAAUUAAUGGUCAAGAAUGAGAUCUUUACAGUGGACUCAAAGAAGUUGAGUAAGUUAUCUCCCAUCUUCGCUUUGAUGUGUUUCGGCCGAGAUUUUGAUGGAGGAAGGGAGUUAACCAGAGAAAUCGUAGAUGAGAACAGCGACGACAUCGCCGACUUUUUGAGAUGCCUUCAAGAUCAUCAACAAAUAAAUGGUAAGGGUUACCCUUAAAAAGUAAAUUAACUAUUUUUAGAAUGGAAUUUACCAGUCCUCCUUCGUCUUGCCAAUAAAUAUCAAGUGGAAAGUCUGACAAAAGCAUGCUGUUUAUAUCUGGAAGCCGCAAAUCUAGAGUAAGUACGAAAAACAAGCAUCUAAAGUAAUAUCAGUCAUGUGAAACCAGAUCAAGUCUUGACUUUGCUGACAUCCGCCCAUGAACACCAUCUCCCCAAGGCCUCAAUUGGCCCUCUAAUUCUUCGGAUGGCUCAAGAAAACAGGUCCACGUUCACCCGACUCCGACUUAAUCGAUAUCUCCCAGCUAAUCUCUAUACUGCUGUAAUCGGGACCAAUAUGAAUUUGAAUACAAUUAAGGAAGUGGAGAAGAUGAAUGGCCAUUUCUUGAGGAUCGAGAGAGGGUCUAUUUAUUAUAAAAAGGCUUUAUGUUCGAUGUGUAAGAAGAUUGUGGACUCAUCUGAAUGUGAGGGAUGCAAGAUGACAUUGUGCCAAACUCAUUGGCAAACAAGCCCUUGCGGCAACGAAUUCGGAAAGAGAAUGCUGAAACAGCUCAAGGAGAAUCUGGUGGAUAUCGAAUUGGAUUACUAG